UAUAAUCUGAACUUGUAAAGAUUAUAAAUACAGCCGAGUGUUGAAUGUUUAAUGCACCACCACACAACAUUUGAAAAUAAUGGUUCAAUUCUAAUGCAUUAUACCAAUGAAUUAUUCAUGAAUGUCCAAGCUGUCAAACAAUGUUGUGUUGGACCUUUCCAUAUUGCAUUAUGAUAUGUGGUUGUCAGUUCUUUAUAAACCCCAAAAUAAACAAAGAAAUGUGAUAUUAAUGACAAAUAUUUUACUUACACUGAUAUUUUACGAGAUGGGUUGUUUCAUUCUUUUUUAUGUUUGUAAGGCUGAAAGCAUUAACCAAGCCUUGAAGGAACAUUUUGCUGAGGAAAAUGUUGACUUUGUUUGCGCAAGAUGCAAGAACAAAACCAUGGCUAUAAAGGACACCAAACUUUUAACCAUUCCAAAAAAUGUUGUCAUUCAACUCAAAAGAUUUAGUAGUGCAAGACGGAAGAUAAACAAAAGGAUGCAAAUCCAGACAGAAAUCUUGCUGCGAAAUUAUACUGCAGACGAAGUGGAACUUGAAGACAAGUGCAAAUUAUUCGGGAUAAUAAUUCACCAGGGCUCAUCACUUUCAACUGGUCAUUGUUAUUGUUUCCUUGAAUUUGGUGGUCAGUGAUUCAGGAUUGAUGAC